CAAGGGCCCGACCAAGCCCAGCCCAUACCGGCAGCCACCUCCGUCGUCGUCGCUACUGACGCGGCACGAGCCGGCGAAUCCGACAGGCCCCCUACCUCUCGCUCGCCGCGAGAUCCCGCGUCCAUGGCGGUCGGCAUCGCGCUCCUGCUCGACCUUGCGGCCCGCGCGCCCCGCUCCUCCGCCUCGCUCCACUCGCACGCCGCCUUCUCCGCCGCCGCCGCCGCCGCCGCCGCGGCAGCCCUGUCCGCCUCCGGCGUACCCCUCUCCGCGCGGCCAUUCUUCGGUUUUCCAGGAUUCACUGUUGCUCAUUGUGAUGCUGGUGCAACUUAUGGAUCGAUUGAUAGUCCUGAUCUUGCCAAUGAUCUUAAUGAGAAGAUACAUGACUCGAUUCAUGAUCUCCAAUUACCGAUAAAAGAAUACCCGUUGGAGCUGAAGCCGCUUUUGUAUGCAUUUGGCUUUAAGCAUUUGAGUAUGACGACUAUUAGGGCCUUUUUAUUAUACUAUUUACCACUUCUGGAGCCUCGUCCGCCCACUGAUGACGAUGACGAUGACGAUCUGCUUCAAGAUGAUUCAGAGAGGCCGCCGGUUGACCUGGUUACUCCCUUCCAUAAUUCAUUGAAGCAAAUCGCUCGCGAGAUUUCUGUUGUAACAACAAGAAGAGUAUUCGAAAGGAUUGCGGUUUGUCAUGUUUCACAAAGAACAGCAUGGAAGCUUCUCAAAGAUGCUGCAAAAUCAUCGAAGAGGAAAGCUCUGAGGGGGAUGUCAAUUCCAGAAUACACAUACUGUGUUGCCAGAACAACUUUCCGAGCGCAUGCAUUGGGAGUAGCUGCUACUUGGGUUGUACAAUCUGUCGUCCAGGUCUACAAAUGUUUUAUUCGUCAACCUGAUAAUGAUGACGAAUUGUUCGACGAGAAGGAAAAACUCAGAUUGUUUGCGAGAAGGAUCUAUAGUGUAACCAUCAAAUGUGGUUUCUCUUUGGUUUUUGCCUCGAUUGGAGCAGGCCUCGGCGUCCUUCUGCAUCCAGUGCAUGGACAAUGGAUUGGUUGUAUCCUUGGAGAUUUUGCAGGACCAGUUGUUGCUAUCCUUAUUUUCGAGAAGUUACAGUUCCCGCUAGAAGGUUAAAGACCACCAUCUCCUGCUACAAAGUUAAGAAACCCAGGUCAUCCGACCUUGUUUCUAGCCUGCCUGGUUUUCGAAGAACAUGAAGUGGAGCUCCUUGGCCUUGAGUCUACCCUUUCAGGAUAUUCAUUGGCCUAACUUGGAGCUCAAAGUUGAUGAAUAACUAUGCAUGCAUGGUUAAUAGCUUUUCGUGGCACAAUGCCUUUGGGUAUUGUGUAAUGCUUACUUUUGGCACAUUUAAUAACUAGCUACUGUACUUCGUUGCCGUGCUUCACAUUUUGAACUCAAAGGAACAUUUCUGUCCACUGGUUUGCUAAAUUUCUACAGUAAGUACUUCGCUGCCCUUGUUGUGAACUGAAUCUGGUAUAUCUAAGGCCCUCUUUGUUUGAGCCACA